CGUAUAUGUAAUCGUAUUGGUAUUAUUUUUAAUGGUCAAUUAGCUUGUUUGGGUACAAUUCAACAUUUAAAAUCAAAAUUUGGUCAAGGUUAUACAAUUGAAAUUAAAGUUCAUUCAACAUCUAAUAAUGCAAGUGCAACAAAUAUUCAAAAUGUUCAAUCAUUUUUAUUAUCACAAACCCAAUUAAAUGUAGAAAUUAGAGAAAUAACAUAUUCAACAGGAUUAUUUCAAGUUAAACAAGGUACACCAGCUGAUUUAUUUGAACUACUUGAACAAAAUAAACAACAAUUAAAUAUUGAAACAUAUACAAUAUCACAAACAACACUUGAACAAAUAUUUUUAUCAUUUGGUAAACAAGCUAAUGAUGCUUAA